AUGGAACAGCAUGAACCGUUGAAAACAACAGAAAACCUGCCGCACGAUCCUUCGAAAUUAUAUUUUGAGAAACCCCGACUCCGGAGAGUAAUUUUAUUGUCUUACUGGGUCGUGGUCCUCCUCGCAACACCGCUGUGGUGGUAUACUACAAGCAUCGAACGGCUCUCCUUACCCAUUUCCCAUAUUCAUGCUCAGAGCGACAAACAGCUCGUUUUCCCAGUCCAUGUCCAAAUCGACAACUUCACUUCGUCUCUAACGGACGUACCCUCCAUCGAAUCCAUACAGCAGGCACUUUCCCGUCAGGCAUCACUCGAUCAGUCUUCAAAUGUGGACAUUCAUGUAGCUACCAGAGGUGAAAAUGAACCACUCAGCCCGGACACGUACGGUGUUUCCAUCAUCCAGGGCAUAAACCAUCCCAUCAUUCAAGACAGACGUCUCUCAAUACCCUCUUCACAAGCUACAACACCAAUAGCUUCACAAACGAGCGACUACCUCUCCGCGCUCCUCUUCCCUCAUCGGACGUCGAGGUCCAGCAACCUCGUCGCUAAAUAUUCCCCACGCUACCGUCUCGCUUUCACUUUCCUCAACGAAGAUGCGGCCGAUGGAAACGCUGUCGUGGGCUGGGAAGUCGAGAAAUCAAUUUCCCACCACCUAUCAUCCAUCCUCGAUCAACUUUCAGAACUGUAUAACUUCACAAUCGAGAGCCAGAUUCGAUUCCAUGCACCUUUAGCCUUCGAGCCACAGGCUGUGGCAAACUCAGACGGAAAUGAAGUCCAUGGCUUGACGCCUGAAGACUUGACUGUGUUUGUUAAUUCGGCAGAGUGGACGCUUUCAUCGAGUGUAUCGAACGACCCGGUGCUUCACUUCGUCCUCUUCAUGCCCUCCGCCAGGCACAGUCCACUCCGUAUCCUCGACGCCAAAAACAACCCAACGUCGUCCAACGCCUUUAUCCUCCCCCAAUGGGGCGGCAUCAUGAUCUUCAACCUGCCAAUCCAAUCCACCACGAAUACGACAUCGGCUCAACUCCACUUAACAACCCACACCCUCACACCCGCCUUCCAAACAUUCAAAACCCAACUCCUCGCACUCCUCGGAGUCCCCGCUCUCCCGCCUUCCAUACAGAUCCAGUCUCAUGCCCAACAACAGGUCAAAGGCGUAGGCAUAAACAAUGAAUUGACAGAUUGGCAACUCGAUGCGCUGUACAGGAUGCGAGCGCAGGAGAACGCGGUGAGCAGUAAAGAGACGUUGAUGAGUAUCGCGAAGCUGGUGGAUGAAAUUCCGAACAUGCCGGUUGGGCAGGACGUGAAGGGGGAUGUACAGGGUGCGUUGGCAGAGUUGGAUCUGGUUUACACAACCUCGCCCACCUCACCUACCCUCAUCCUCCGACACUCCGCAGAAGCCCUAACCCUCGCCUCUCGCGCCUUCUUCAACCCCGGGAUGUUGGCACUCUUAUAUUUCCCAGCAGAACACAAGUAUGCGGUUUAUACGCCGUUAUUCGCACCGGUCGCGGUCCCGUUGAUCGUUACGGUGAUUAGAGAGUUUAAAGCUUGGAGGGAGGGAAGGAGGAAGAGGAAGGAGGGGAUGGGGAAGGAGGUGGAAGGGGAGGAUAAGAGUGAGUAG